GUCCUCUCAGCUCCCCUCACCCCGCCUCUCUCCCCCUCCCCGAGCCCCUCCUCUCUUCACCCCACCCUGCCUCCCUCCCUCCCUCUGCCCGCCCGCCCGGCGCUCGCAGAGCCGACACCAGGGGGGCUCUCGAUGUAGCACCAUGACAGGCAUCGCCGCCGCCUCCUUCUUCUCCAAUACCUGCCGAUUCGGGGGCUGCGGACUCCACUUCCCCACCCUGGCCGACCUCAUCGAGCACAUCGAGGACAACCACAUCGAUACGGAUCCACGUGUCUUAGAAAAACAAGAAUUACAGCAGCCAACCUAUGUUGCCCUCAGUUACAUUAAUAGAUUCAUGACAGAUGCUGCCCGCCGAGAGCAGGAGUCCCUGAAGAAGAAGAUCCAGCCGAAGCUCUCGCUGACCCUGUCCAGCUCCGUGUCUCGAGGGAGUGUGUCCACUCCACCACGCCACAGCAGUGGAAGCCUUACUCCCCCCGUGACCCCACCCAUCACCCCCUCCUCUUCAUUCCGCAGCAGCACUCCAACAGGCAGUGAGUACGACGAGGAGGAGGUGGACUAUGAGGAGUCGGACAGCGAUGAGUCCUGGACCACCGAGAGCGCCAUCAGCUCCGAAGCCAUCCUCAGCUCCAUGUGCAUGAAUGGGGGGGAGGAGAAGCCUUUUGCCUGCCCGGUUCCUGGAUGUAAAAAGAGAUACAAGAAUGUGAAUGGCAUAAAGUACCACGCUAAGAAUGGUCACAGAACACAGAUUCGCGUCCGCAAACCAUUCAAAUGUCGUUGUGGAAAGAGUUACAAGACAGCUCAGGGCCUGCGGCACCACACAAUCAAUUUCCAUCCCCCAGUGUCAGCUGAGAUCAUCAGGAAGAUGCAGCAAUGACAUGCUGGUCAUAACUGUGCCAAGAAAUCCUCACCAGCAGUUGCUGAUUUUGAAAACAGCCACUUUUUUUUUCCCCCCAGGGGAAGCAUUCAGCAACCCUUUAAAAGAAAAAGAAAUAAAUGCAUGCUUUAAAUUUUUUCUGUAAUUUUGGAAUGAUGUAUCUUUGUAGUUAAUGAUUUUGUACAUUUGCACAUGUAAUCAUCAUACCCAUUUUCAUUACUUUGAUAUAAGGUGCUAAACAAAAAGCUCUAGGUUCUUCAGCACAUUUCCCCCAAAACAAAAUAAAAUUGAGGGCAUGUUGUAUAUUGUUUAGUUGUACUACAGUGAUACCAACUGGGGGGUGGAGGGGUGUCACCAAGAUUUCUUUUUUUCAAGCUUGUAAUGUGAUUGAAGUUUUUCAACACAUAACUCACCUAUGUUCAAAACCAAAAUAAUACCUUCAUUAUCCAACUGGUUACCAUGCCUUACAUAAUGGAGUUAGUAUUUGUGAGUAGAAAUACUUAGGUAAUAGAAAUAUAAAUAAGAAAGAAUGUUUAACAUAAUAUGCUAAAAAUAUUUUCAUAUUUAAAUAACAUACAUAAAAGGAAUGCUUUGUGUGUUUUAUAUUAUCUUGCAAAUCCUUUUUCCCUUUAAGAAGCUGAAAAUCUUGCCAUCUGAAUUAAUCAUUUUAGUGUUAUAGUUGCAUUUUUUUACAAAACAGUCUAUUCAGUUCACUUGUUAAUUCAAUACAUAUUCAUUGAGUGCCUGCUGGGUGCAAGGGAUUCAAUUUAUGCCAAUCAAUAUUUGUGGACCAAGAUACCAGUUUAGUGAAAUACUUUUCCCUGAAAUCUGUUAGGAAACACUUUAAAAUACUUAAAUACAAAUUUUGUGUGUGAAAUUUAGUUAUAUCUUCAUCUUCAGAUGAAGUUUUAAAGCACUUUGUAGUUCUCUAUUGCCAACAGAUUUAAUGUCUUAUGUGUUGCCAAUUCUUGCAACAACUGCCCUAACAAACCUAUGGGUCCCAAGUAAGAAAAUUCUAAGCAUGUUUCAAAGAGGAACAUUUUUGUUAAGACCCCUAUUGCCUCUUCAUGUGCAUUGUAUUUAAGACUUUUUUUUUUGAGGCACUUUCCCAAUGUAUGUCUGCAUUCCCAUUGGAAAUGUCUGUUUAGCUUUAUAAAACAUUUUGCUGAAAUACGAAAUUUAGCCUUAUUAACAAUUAAGUGCUUCUUGCAGCAGGUGAUCAAAGGAAAGCGUGACUGAUAUGACCUGUCAGAGUAACCUAUGUCUGGACCAUUCCUGAAGUUUCUCACUGACAAUACCAUCAUGCCUUGAGUGUUCUUUUCUCCCAAGUGCUAUUCCUUAAACAUAAUUUGCCUGAUUAUGCAGUAACAAUUGCUUUAAUACUACCAACUGCCCACAAAAAGAAAACUGGUGAAAAACAAGUUUGAAUUACUUAUAACUUUCUUUCCAUGUUCACAUUUGAUGAAAAGACUUACCUGGAAAGCAGGUGUCCCCACACUUAAUUUUUCAGACAUUCUGAAAAGAUGACAAUUCCGUUAACCGGAUGGGUAAACUUCCAUAUUUGUAAGUUGUGACUCUCUCAUAAUGGGGGAUUUGAACAUAUCUAUAAAGACACUGCCCUCUAAAAAUUUCCUCACAUCUCUAAAGAGUAGUCUUGGUUCUAAACAUACAGUGUUACCCUCUAUCUUUAAAAGGAUGAUCCGGACAUGCGAAGCAACUAGUUAAUGCGUGAGAAGGCCCUACUUAAGCUAUUUCAAAUCUACUUACAAUUGAUACAAAAAAAAAAGUUUUUAGGUCAGCAAAUAUUAUUUAGCUUUGCUCCUUUAGUGCAAGAAAUUGCAGGCUGGAUCAGUAGUUCAACAGCUAAACAGUCAUAAAGUAGUCAUUGUGCAUGUUAAAUUUCUUUAAACUAUAAAACAAAUUCCAAUUUCUAUUCACUUAUUCAUUGUGACAGUAUUAUUAAGCAGGUAAGGAUGGGAAUAUUUUGUUAUACUGUGUAUAGUGAAUGUAUUGUACUGUGUCUGUGAAAACUGUGCUUUAAAUUAUAUUUUCAUAUGUUUUGUUGGAGAUGGAGCACAUUAAGUUUGAAAGUAACAGAGGUUUGUUUUAGAACUGAAGGCAACUUAAUCAAAAUUCCUGUCAAGAAAAGCUGCUUAUAAAUGUAAAUGAAAUCACACUUAAAAUAAACUGCCUCUGACCCAAAA